UUUCAUCGCCGGGGAAGCUGCGGUGGGUCCGUAUCUCGGGGAAGAGGACGAAGGAGUGGCAGCUGGACUGUCAGAAAUGGAAGCCGAGUUUCGGGAAAUCGAUGAAAACGGGAAUUGGAGCACCAUUUAUCAGGAGAUUCGUCAGCAGUCAUGUGAACUCCCUUGCAAGGUUGCAAAAUUACCAGAAAACAAGAAUCGGAAUCGUUACAGAGAUGUUAGCCCAUUUGACCACAGCAGAAUAUGUCUGCAGCUGGGUACGAAUGACUACAUUAAUGCCAGCCUAAUAACAGUAGAAGAGGCACAGAGGAACUAUAUUCUUACUCAGGGACCCCUUCCAAAUACAUGUGGCAACUUCUGGGAGAUGGUGUGGGAGCAGAGGAGCCGCGGUGUGGUGAUGCUCAACAGAGUCAUAGAGAAAGGAUCUAUAAAAUGUGCCCAAUAUUGGCCUCACAGAGAGGAGAGGGAUGCUAUCUUUGAUGACACCAAUUUCAAGCUUAGCUUCAUCUCGGAAGACGUCAAAUCUUACUACACAGUCCGUCAGCUGGAGUUGGAAAACCUGUCUACUCAAGAGACUCGUGAGAUUUUACAUUUUCACUACACCACCUGGCCUGACUUUGGAGUACCAGAGUCUCCUGCCUCCUUCCUUAACUUCCUUUUCAAGGUGCGAGAGUCGGGUUGUCUGAAUUCGGACCAGGGACCAGUGGUGGUGCACUGCAGCGCCGGCAUCGGACGCUCUGGGACAUUUUGUCUCGUUGACACCUGCCUCUUAUUGAUGUCCAUGCGAAAAGACCCGUCUUCAGUGCGGAUUCGUGAAGUGCUGCUGGAGAUGCGACGCUAUCGGAUGGGUUUGAUUCAGACAGCAGAUCAGCUUCGCUUCUCCUACCUUGCUGUCAUUGAAGGUGCCAAGUACAUCAAGGGAGAUACGUCACUGCAGGAGUCAUGGAAAGAGCUGUCUAAUGAGGAAGACGACCCUCCCGAGUUCACCCCUCCUCCUAUUCCUCCUCCCAGAGACCCACACAAUGGCAAAGUUGAGCCAUCCUUUUUCCCUGAAAAUGAUGAGAUCAUCCAACAGAUGGAGAUCCGCAGUCUGGGUUCCUCACAAGAGUCAGAGCUGCGUAAGAGGAACGUUGCUGCCCCCCAGCCUCCUCCUGACAGUGCCAAUCAGCUCGACGGCUACAAGGAAAUCCAAGAUCAUACCUCCAGAGCUCCCGUCAAAUCCCAGCAGCAGCACGAGACUGAAGAGCAAGAGACACCCGAGGCUGCAGCGCAGCCGAAGGAAAAUUCUCCUGUGCCGGGGACUUGGUCCCCUCUACUAACCAAUGUGUGCCUGUGCACAGCACUGGCUCUCAGUGCUUAUGUCUGUUAUCGAGUCUAUUUCCACUGAUGUCUGUCCUUCCUCCUCCUUUUUGUUCCUCCCCGUCUCUCCACUGAUGUUGCAAAGUGGACUUGGCUGGCCAGUCAGCCUGCUUUGACUCUGGGUUUGCUCUGUGAGAGAGCGGAUUAUUUGGACUUCAGCAGAUUCAGGUUCACUCGUUUAUUUUACAAAUGCAGUGUGAGGGGUUUUCUGGUCGGUAGUGACAGGGUGCCGAUCCUUCUUACCCACACAACAUUCUUUCAGUAUGUCAUCUUGGAUGCUCAGGGCCUAAGUUUUUCAGGUGUCACAUCCCCAAUACGUGUGCUGACUUUAACGCAGACUCAACAGCAGGGCAGCCGAUAGUCUAGCUCAGGCCCGGGACAAGAUGAGCUCCAAAGUUGAUAAUUUUAAGGGUUAGAGGGCUUGUGUCUAUAAGGAAAAGGGUUAAUUUAGCUCCGUUGUGAACCAGGAUGAAUGGCCUGUCAGCCCAUUUUACAUGCGUGUCCUCUCUUAUUUACCAAAUGUGUAUGUGUUCUUCCUUUUCAUCGUUUCCUAAAGUGUCCGUUAGAUUAUACUUUUUUUUUUCCCUUACCAUAACUGUCUUUUACUUACACAAAUGUAUCAGAAAUAAUGGAGCCAGAUUUCUUUGACCAGCCUGACUGACUAUAUGCCAGUAAGCAGGACACAUGUUUUUUUUUUCUUUUCUUUUUUUUAUGUUUUGUUAUUUUUGUUUUUGGUCAACAUUAACCAAACAGUAAGGUGAAAUACGUGAAAGUUAGCGUGAAGCGACCCUGUGCCCACUAGAUAAGAGAUGCAUGCUGGUGUGGGCAUUGAAUCGUUAUCGGCCUGUGUAGGGCUGCAGGAGGCAUGUUAGCUGAGUACAUACUGUAUGUGUGAGUUUGUGUAAGAACAUUUGCGCAAGUGGCAGUUAGUGGAGCUUUCUACUGAUGCUUGACUUAAAUCUGUGAGAAAUAUUAAUAUAACAUUUACAGUGCGUCACAUGUGAGAUGUAGACUGGUUCCCUCUGCGUUUUGUCUCCCUGGUGGCUCAACAGUGACACAGAAAAGUCUUUUUCAAAAACAAAAUGGUGCAGAGACAUGUGGACCCUUUCCAUGCACCAACACUGGCCCGUCUUGACUCGGCACGUCAGCCCAGUGUGGCAGGGUUUUGCGUUUCCAUUACAGCAGGGCUACCUGCUUGAUGGUGCGUCUUUAACGGAUGACACGCUCGUCUUCAGUGGUGGUCAGGGGACAGGUUGUAAAAAAAACUUUUCCUCCCUGCAGUACUAUCAAAGAAUAGCUGCUAACAAAGCUCUGCUAAUUCGGCGAUAAACACUUGUCAUUUCCUUUACAUUCUUCACAAUAAGAGUCCUCCGUUGUUUAGUUAUUUUAAAGCUUUUAUUAUGAAGUAGCAAAACCAGGAAAUGUUGGGUUUUGACCAUCAGUAACUUUAAAGCAGACAUCUGAGAGAACAAGCAGAGUCGCUGAAGAUUAACCAAACUUCAAACUAGGGGUGUUCUGAUAUCGUGAUAUUCACAAUAAUUCUGUUAUUGAAACUUUAAAUACGAUACACAAGCUGUAUGAGGAUAUUGAGUGAAUAAUCCAGCGCAGAUUUUGUUUACGAUGUCAUCUUGCUGCCUUUUUACCCCCAAAGUUCUCUCUGUUCUUUUCUGAGUUAUGGUUACAGACUCUCUCAACCUCCCUACACAUGAAGUUUGAGAGUAACCUUUUUGCCCCCACCCCCCCAAAAAAGAGACAAAACAUAAUGUGCAAAGUUAAAGAUGGAUUUGAUUGCUUUUUAGAUAACGUGCUCGUGGUCGUUAUGAUGAUUUGUUUGGCUGCGGUUAUUGUGAUAUUGUGACAGCCCUACAUCAACCACAGAGAUUCAGUUACAGCUACAAUAUUACUUGGCGCUGAGCAAAAAUACUUUAAAAUAUAUCUUUCUCAUCAGUCUCAUGCACAGACAUGAAUUGAGUUGAAUAUACAGGAAGAGUGGGGUUCAUCCUUGGCGCUCGGCUCAGCUUGCCGUGUUAAAACUAGUUAAUGGAAGAGCAAACCUGUGCCAUUCGGUCUGACUCGUGCCUGUGGAAAAGCUCCAGAGAAGGUGGCAUGUCUCUUUCUCAAUUCGCCUGGCAUUCCCAAAUUGACAUCGUGAAGAAAUCUUGACAUUUUUUGUUUUGUUUUUUUGUUUUUCACCUCAAUUUAAUUUAGUUACUGUUCUUUUCAGUCACAGAGGAUAAAAAAAUAUGCGGAGGCUUUUCAUGCCAAGAGAAUAAACUGAAUGAAACUGAUACCUGUGGUAACCAGAUGUGUUCAGUCAGCAAAGAAACCCACAAGAAUGCCAGCUCAACGACACUCGAAGUAGCGAACACGCAACUCUUUUCGCCAGCAAUACAAAUACUGAAUAAUGUGUCACCCUUUACUUUCUCAAACUCUUGAGUUUGAACAGGGAACCAGGGAUUCUGAACAAACCAAAAAUCAAACACCAGCACAGGGAUGAAAACAAUACACUGUAGUGAUGAUCUGUUGUAUCAUGGCGUGGCCCUGAGCUGGCAAUAUUGUUUUUGUAUUGUAUGAUCAUGUUUUUUUUAGCAUGCUGCAUUUGUGAAUCAACAGGUUUGUCCUAAGAAGAGAUUAGCUAAGCUGCUAGCAUUCAGUUUACCUUUGUGACUCAACAUGGUUCAGUACUUGAGUCCGACAGCUGUACCUUUCUUUAGAAUGUAUAAAUGUCCCGUCCAGGGACACACUCUUAUUAUUAUAUAUAUAUAUUUUUUUCAAAUCAGGUUUCAGUGUGCUGAUUUUUUUUUUUUUUUCUGCUUUAGCAAGAGAAGUCUCAGCACCUGUGCAGCCAUUGCACCAGGUUUUCCUGUUUUUCUAUACUUGCUGAGCUCAAAAACAUGUAUUUUUUUAUUUACAUUUGUUGUUUUCCUUUUUAAAUAAAAGAAAAAGUCUACUGCCGAUUUGUUCUGGUUUGUAGAACAGAUUUGCAUCUAUAACCUCAUUCUCAGUACUACUUCUGAACAAUGACUGUGGUAAUAAAAGUUCACACAUGACUGUGUUUA